UAAAAUCUAAAAUCCUUGCAUUCCAAAAAGCCCUGCCCACGGCGUGGCUUCACCUUCGCCCUGCGCGGCUGCGCCCCUGCCCUUCCACGACGACGACCACGACCACAGCAGUACAGCACCCCCGAGUCCCCGACCCCGUCCUCGGCGGUGGCCCGCCAGGCCUUCUUCUUUUACGUUCCCCUCUGACACGGGUUUCUUUUCCUGGCCUCGGAGUCCGCGCCGGCCGCCUCGUGCCCGACCCGAGUGGCCUCCAUGUGCGUUCUUUUAUUGUUUGACUAUUUAGUCCGGCGAUACGGUUUCCUCAACUGGGAUCCGCCAUCCACCUCGCAGAUCGGAUCUCCUUCGAGGCCGGGCUCAGGCCUCAGGGGUGCCGCCACCGCCUCGUCCGUCUCCAGGGACCGCGAGCUGUCCCCUCGCCUCCAGCGCAGCCGCUCAUCCGCCGGCGGCGGCUCCAAGGCGUCCCUGUCCCCGGAGAGGCGGCGCGGCGUGGGCGCGAUGCAGCAGCGGGUGGCGCAGCUGGAGGAGGAGCUCCGGAGGGAGCGGGAGGAGAAGGCCCGGACCGUGAGGGACCUCGAGGACCUGAGGCGGGACGGCGGCGCCAAGGGUGUCGCGGACAAGGUGCACCUUCUGGAGCGGGAGGUGAGCAAGUCCAAGCAGUCGGAGCGCAAGAUGCUGGAGUCGCUGAUAUACCAGACCAAGCAGCUGGAGCAGACCAAGAUAUCGCUCGAGGAGGCCAAGCUGGAGAUGGCCACGCUGCAGCAGCAGGCGAGCAAGAGCCUCGCGUCAGCCCGGCGCGGCGGCGUGCUGGAGCAGAGGAGCGUCAGGGACCUCAUGUUCGGCGGCGCGGACGAGGAGAUCAUGGUCCUGCGCGCGGAGCUCCGGGCGGCGGUGCAGGGCGAGGAGAGGAGCCGCAAGGCGCUGGACGACCUCUCCGCCGCGCUCUCGGACGUGACCGCGGAGGCCAGGCAGGUCAAGGCCUGGCUCUCCGAGGCGCAGGCCGAGCUGGAGGCCGCCAACGCCGAGGCCGGGCGGCUGCGCGCGGCGCUGCGCGGCGCGUCCGACGAGCGCGACCGCUACAGGCUCGAGGCCGACGAGUGCGCGGCGGCCUGGGGCGACAAGGAGCGCGUGCUCCUCGACUGCGUGCGCGCGUCCGAGGGCGACGCGAGCCGGGCGCGGCAGGAGAACACCAGGCUGGUGGAGUCGCAGCGCGUCGUCCGCGACGAGAACGCGCGCCUGCGGGACAUCCUCAAGCAGGCCGUGGCCGAGGCCAGCGCCGCCAGGGACUCGCUGGAGCUCGCCAGGGCCGAGAACGCGCGCCUCAGCGCCGCCGUCGCCGACAAGGACGGCGCGCUGCAGAGCCUCCGCCAGGAGUACGAGUGCGUCAGGGUCAGCGAGGCCGCGGCGCAGGGUAGCCUCAGGGAGCUCAACAGCCUCCUCGCCGCCACCACAACGACGGCGUGCAACACGCCCGCGUCGUCCGCCAAGACCGCCCCCGCGCCGGGCUACGGCCUCGAUCAGCGCCUUCCGAAUGGCAGCAGCAAGAAGGGAACGCCGCGGUCGGCGUCGCAGCGGUGGAUGCCUGACAAGCCACGGACGCCGAGCAGCCGGCGGACGUACUCGAUCGGCGAGCCGGGUAAGCUGACGACUGGCUUCUCGCGGUCCGCGCGGAUGGGGAACCUGAACCCCAGGGAUCGGGUGUUCGCGUCCCUGAGCAACAUCGCCGACCUCAAGUCCGCGGCGGACGCGGCGACGGAGGACUUGGACGACGAGUUCGACCACAUCGACGAGAGCCACUACGUUGACACGGAGGACUCCACGAAGCACAAGAAGAGCCUGAUAUUCCGCAGAUUCGGUGAUUUUUUCAGGAGGAAAAGCCUCUAUAAGCCGAAUUCAGCGCCAGUACACACACUCUAAAAAUCUUUUCUUUUUUUCUCCGCCCCAUGGAUACACGCUUGUAGUUCCGUUGUGUUCUUGUUCAUCUGAAUACACGAGAAAUGAAAAGGUUGUUGAAUCAGAUCUGCUCCUUUCUCGUGUUGAAACUUCGAUCGUUUCCAGGACAUAGGGCAUGACGUGUAUUGAAAUCUGAUUAUCUGAA